UUCAAUUCCUUUGCUUGAGCUGUGUUUUGGGCAUUUGGGUGUGUGAACAGUGAAGAGAGAGUUCAUUCCCAUAUUCAAAUGUUCUUCUCUAUGAACCUUCUUUGCUUCUACAAGCAGCCACCAACACUGUUUGCACCACUUUCUACUCAAUUAAUACCCAUUAAUGAAGGCAUUUUCAAGGACAAGAGGUUGAUCACAAAUCCUUCAUCUUUUGGCACAGUUCAUGCAGUGAAGGAAGAUUCACAAUCACAGCAAUAUGAGAUAGACCCAGAAAAGGCCAGAGAAGCACUCAAAAAACUUGAUGAGCAAAUUCAGUCUCAAUCCACCAAACAAAUCUCUUCUCCAAAAGUCAGGGAUUCGGACGUGAAGCUUACUGAAGAACAAGUAAGUGGUACUGAUGGGAAGCUAGAAAUUUCAGAUUCGUUUCUUCUAAGUCUAACUACUGGUCUCGUCCUCUUUACUAUAUUUUAUAAUAUACUAUUUUAUACUGUAAUUAAGCCAUCCAUUGAUGGUGCAUGACUUUACAUAGAACUACAU